GAUGGUUUUCUUCCUUUUUAGUGCCCUAAAAAACCAGGAAGUUAUGGCUUCAAAAUUGCUUUUUCGUUGUGUUGCUGUUUUAGUUCUUAUAUUAUCAUCCCAAAAUGCACUUCAAGUAUUGAAUGCUGCUGAGCCGGGCCUCUUCACUGACAAGCAAGCUCUACUUUCUUUUAAAUCUCAGGUAGUCGUUGAUCCUUCAAAUACUCUUUCCUCGUGGAACGACAACUCCAGCCCCUGUAACUGGACUCGUGUUGACUGUAGCCAGGUGCAUCAAAGAGUCAUUGGCCUUGAUUUGUCUGGCCUUAGAUUAACAGGUUCCAUUAGCCCACAUAUUGGAAACCUAUCCUUUCUUCGCUCACUUCAUCUACAGGAGAACCAAUUUACAGGCGUUAUUCCUGAUCAAAUUGGUGCUCUUUUCCGUUUGAAGGUCCUUAAUAUGAGCUUUAACACCAUCAGUGGCCCCAUUCCUUUGAACAUAACCAAUUGCCUAAAUCUCCAGAUCCUGGACUUGAUGCAAAAUGAGAUCUCAGGAGCAAUUCCUGAGGAACUCAGCAACCUGAAAAGCCUUGAAAUCCUCAAGCUGGGUGGAAACAAGCUCUGGGGUAUGAUUCCACCCUUCAUUGCAAACAUUUCCUCUCUCCUCACCCUAGAUUUAAUCACCAAUAAUCUUGGUGGAAUGAUCCCUGCCGAUUUGGGUCGUCUUGAGAAUAUAAAACAUCUUGACCUUAGUAUCAAUAAUCUCACCGGCGAUGUUCCUCUAUCCCUGUACAACAUUUCUUCUUUGGUUUUCCUCGCUGUUGCUUCAAACCAACUGCGAGGUCAAAUUCCAAUAGAUGUUGGAGAUAGACUCCCAAAUCUUUUAAGCUUCAAUUUUUGCUUUAACAAAUUUACUGGUUCAAUUCCAUGGUCUUUGCAUAAUGUUACAAACAUGCAGAGCGUCCGUAUGUCACACAAUCUUUUCAGUGGAUCAGUGCCACCACGACUUGGAAAUAUUCCAAAAUUGACAUUGUACAAUAUUGGCUUCAAUCAGAUAAAAAGUUCUGGUGAUGGGGGUCUCAAUUUUCUCUCUUCUUUCAUUAACAGUAGCUAUCUGAAAUUUCUUGCCAUCAAUGACAAUCUUCUGGAGGGUCUUAUUCCAGAAUCCAUUGGAAAUCUCUCGAGAUCUCUUCGAAAUUUAUACUUGGGAGAGAAUCAAAUAUAUGGAAGCAUACCUGCCUCAAUCAGACAUCUUAGCAGCUUGGCUUUGCUAAAUAUAAGCUAUAGUCAUGUUUCUGGUGAAAUUCCACCAGAAAUUGGCGAGCUUACAGAUCUGCAGGAGUUGCAUUUGACUGCAAAUAAGAUAUCGGGCAGAAUUCCGGACUCUCUUGGAAACCUCCAAAAACUUAAUAAAAUUGAUCUAUCUGCCAAUGAGUUGGUUGGAAGACUGCCCACAACUUUUGUUAAUUUCCAGCAAUUGCAGUCCAUGGACCUAUCUAGCAACAGGCUCAACGGAAGCAUACCAAAAGAAAUUUUCAAUCUCUCCAGUUUGAGUGCAACUCUGAACCUGUCCAGUAACCAGCUAACAGGUCCUUUGCCUCAAGAGAUCCGGAGGCUCGAAAAUGUUGCAGCUGUUGAUUUUUCUCACAAUUAUUUGUCUGGAAGCAUCCCAGAUACAAUUGGAAGCUGUAAGAGUUUGGAGGAGUUAUUCAUAGACAACAAUAUGCUCUCUGGUUCCAUUCCGGCUACUCUAGGAGAUGUGAAGGGUUUGGAAAUCCUUGACCUCUCUUCGAACCAAAUAUCAGGCAUAAUACCCAAAACUCUUGAAAACUUGCAGGCCCUUCUCUUGUUGAACCUCUCAUUCAACAACCUUGAGGGACCUCUUCCCAAGGGAGCCUUUAGAAAUCUUUCUAGAAUUCAUGUGGAAGGGAAUUUGAAGCUUUGCUUGGAUUUAUCUUGUUGGAACAAUGAACAUCGUCAAAGAAUAUCCACUGCAAUUUAUAUUGUCAUUGCCGGUAUAGCCGCAGCUGCAGUAUGCUCAGUGAUAGCAGUUUUGCUGUGCGUAAAAAAAAGAAAAGGAGAAAUUAUGCCGAGGUCAGACUCAAUUAAGCUGCAGCAUCCCACAAUCUCUUACGGAGAACUUCGUGAGGCAGCUGGGAGUUUUGACGCUGGAAAUCUGAUAGGGAAGGGCAGUUUUGGGUCAGUUUACAAAGGUGAACUUAGGGAUGCGACUAUUGUGGCAGUUAAGGUGCUUGACAGCGAGAAGUAUGGAUCCUGGAAAAGUUUCUUGGCUGAGUGCGAGGCUUUGAAGAAUGUAAGGCAUCGGAAUCUCAUUAAACUCAUCACCUCAUGCUCAAGUAUGGAUAAUAGGGGUUUACAAUUUCUGGCUUUGGUUUAUGAGUACAUGCAUAAUGGGAGCUUGGAAGAAUGGAUUAAAGGAAGUAGAAGGCGAUUAGAUGGAGGCUUGUUGAAUAUUUUGGAGAGGUUAAAUGUGGCAAUCGAUGUUGCUUGUGCUGUGGAUUACCUGCACCAUGACUGUGAAAUUCCAGUAGUUCACUGUGAUUUGAAACCAAGUAAUGUGCUUGUUGACAAAGACAUGACUGCAAAGGUGGGAGACUUUGGUUUGGCAAAAUUGCUGGCUGAUAAACAGUCAAUAAGUUGCACAGGUGGCCUCAGGGGCUCUGUAGGAUACAUUCCUCCAGAAUAUGGUUUAGGAUUGAAAGCAACAACUUCGGGAGAUGUAUACAGCUAUGGAGUUGUGCUGCUAGAGCUGUUCACCGGGAAGAGCCCAACACAUGAAAUCUUUUCUCCAGAUUUAAGCCUUAUCAAGUGGGUGAAGUCAGCUUUCCCUGCCAACAUAGAAGAAGUAGUGAACCCUGAGCUACUCUUAUCAAUCAAAGAUUUUCACCAUGGCGCUCAAUUCGAGAGCCCUGAAAAACAGCAUGAAUGCUUGAUUGCUAUCCUUGGCGUCGGGCUAUCCUGCACUUUUGAAUCUCCUGAUCAGCGAAUUACCAUGAGGGACUCUCUUCACAAGCUGAAAAAGGCUAGAGACACCCUUCUCAAACUAACGCUUGACCACAAACCAUAUCUUGACUUGGAAGUUGGAAUUGUUCAUCGCCGCAUGAAGAGUUCAUAGAUAUUUUACUCUCUGUCUGGUUAUUGCUGGUAUUCUAUUAGUAUUAUGUUUUCUAUGUAAGGAGUGAAGUUUCUAUUAUUUAUUUUACUGUCAUCCGGCGCCAUGCAUGCUUUUUAAGUCCCAGCUUGUAUUUUAUUUUGUUAUACUGCAAAUGAACAAUGGUUAAUAAUAUUGGUCAUUGUA